UGUCGGGCCGAGCGAGGCCCCGGAUGUUGUGGCUGCCGUGGAGAGAUGGCGGAGGCCGAGGGGGUGGCCGUGGCCCCAGGCCCAGCUUCAGGCUUGGCUUUCAGGGGCCGCCGAGUUAUGUCCGCUUCCUGGGAGCGCGACCAGCAGGUUGAGGCAGCGCAGCGAGCCUUGGUGGAGGUCCUGGGGCCCUACGAGCCUCUUCUGAGCCGGCUGCAGGCAGCCCUGGUGUGGGAGCGGCCAGCCAGGAGCGCCUUGUGGUGCCUGGGGCUGAAUGCGGCUUUCUGGUUUUUUGCGCUGACAUCACUUCGUCUUGUAUUUUUACUUGCAUUUGGCUUGAUGAUCAUUGUCUGUAUUGAUCAAUGGAAGAACAAAAUUUGGCCAGAGAUGAAAGUGCCAAGACCCGACGCAUUAGACAAUGAGAGCUGGGGCUUUGUUCACCCUCGGUUGCUCAGCGUGCCCGAGCUCUGCCAGCAUGUAGCUGAAGUCUGGGUUAGUGGGACCAUUUUCAUAAGGAAUCUUUUGCUUUUCAAAAAGCAAAACCCAGGCAAGUUCUGCUUGCUGAGCUGUGGGAUACUGACCUUUUUGGCCGUCAUAGGUCGCUACAUCCCUGGGCUCCUCCUGUCCUACUUGAUGCUUGUCACUGUCAUGAUGUGGCCUCUUGCUGUGUAUCAUCGACUGUGGGAUCGAGCCUAUGUGUGGCUGAAGCCAGCUCUGCAGCGGCUAGACUUCAGUGUCCGUGGCUACAUGAUGUCCAAACAGAGAGAGAGACAAUUGCGCCGCAGAGCUCUACACCCAGAACGUACUAUGGACAACCACAGUGACAGUGAAGAGGAGCUUGCUGCCUUCUGUCCUCAGCUGGAUGAUUCUACUGUUGCCAGGGAAUUGGCUAUCACAGACUCGGAGCACUCAGAUGCUGAAGUCUCUUGUACAGACAAUGGUACAUUCAAUCUUUCAAGGGGCCAAACACCUCUAACAGAAGGUUCUGAAGACUUAGAUGGUCACAGUGAUCCAGAGGAAUCAUUUGCCAGAGACCUUCCGGACUUCCCUUCCAUUAAUGUGGAUCCUGCUGGCCUGGACGAUGAGGAUGAUACCAGCAUAGGGAUGCCCAACUUGAUGUACCGUUCCCCACCAGGGGCUGAAGAUCCCCAGGCACCCCCUGCCAGCCGGGAUGAGGCUGCACUGCCAGAGCUCCUGCUUGGUGCCCUUCCUGUAGGAUCCAACCUCACCAGCAACCUUGCCAGCCUGGUCUCCCAGGGUAUGAUCCAGCUGGCCUUGUCAGAGGCCUCCCAGGCAGGCCCUUCUGGCCCACCACCCCGGAGAACAAGAGGCUUCCUCCGGGCUCCUAGUUCAGACCUGGACACUGAUGCUGAGGGAGAUGACUUUGAACUUCUGGACCAGUCAGAGCUGAAUCAGCUGGACCCUACUAGUUCCAGGAGCCACUGAGAAGACAGACACUUUUUGGGGGGAUCACUGCGGUUUAGGUUUUUUUUUCUUCCUCCUCAUCCACUUAAGGACCGGGCAAAGGAAGCCAGGUUCCAUCCCUUCAGUUAUGUUUGUAGCUGGCUGGCCUAUCUGAUGCUCAGAGGCUUGCUUAAGAGAGGACACUCAUUUCCCUGCUGCCAGCUGGACACCCUUUUCUCUGCUUAGUCACUGAAAUGAGAAUGUGCUCCCCUAAGGGAAGCUUCUCUCCACCAGGAUGGUACUUUGGGUAACAAAGUAGUCAGGGAUAUUGAUUCCCCUUUGGAGGUGCUGCUGUUUACUUUUAGGUCUGGGUGCUCAGGGCCCUCACUGAAAGACAAGCCCAUCCCUUCUUUCCUCCCUUUACCUUCCUGGAGUCCAGAAAGUCAGGCAGCAGCUGCAAGAGUUGUCAUCUUCUUUUGUUAAACCAUGAUUUUUUUUUUUAAACAAAUAAGCUUGUCCUUUGGCUCUGCAGAGCAAGCCUGUGCCCUCUCACCUAGCCCAUCUUCAUUUCUUUAGGGCUGACCCUCGGUGUUCCAAAAUACUGCAUGUGAAAUUUAAGAAAUGUGAAAAUGAUGUGGAGAUGGGCCUCUUCUACAUCACCUUGAGCCAUAGGGGUCAGCUGGCUAGGAGGGUUAGUGUCUCUGGAUCUUAAGCUCUCACUGAAUCUUUUGGAGCUGUGUGGUUGUCUUUGGUGCUGCCAACCCCUAGCUCCAUUUGUCCAUUGGCCUGAGCAGUGAGCAAAGCAAUACCAUACCCAUUUUUAUGUACCUGUUUUUUCCCUUGCUCCUCCUUUGGAGAAGCAAUAAUUCCAUGGGGGAUGGCAAAGUAGCACUUUACAAAUGGCUUUGUGGCAUUCAUCCCAGAAGCCACCAGCUCCUUUUUGCACCAGCUGUUCUUACUGCCUUUUCAGCUCCUGUACUGCUUUUAUUUACAACUGCUUCCCAAUUUGGCAGGGCUGCCUUUAAGGAGGAGCCCAGUUAGCAAGAAUGUGUCUACAAUCAGCAGAGAUCUGUCUGAGGGGUAAUGUGUUCUGCCAGCCCCAGUAAAAUCGUGAAACAAAAAACCCAGAAAUGAUCAUUGAUUCUAAACCUGUGUUAGCCCUACUGCCUCUCUCGGCCUCUCCAAUCAGAGCUCAAGCCAAACUCUUCUAUCCUCUCUUCCCUCUUCCAUUAACCCUUUGCUGAUCCUCAGGGACCACUCCCCAAGCACCCCCAUACGUGGGUGAGGGGUUUUGGACAGAGCCCAUUUUCAUGUGCUGCAGGUGGGGAUGUACAAACAUGUUUGAUCUUACUUGAUGGGCAAAGUUCAGAGAUUAGGGAGUGGAGAUAAACAGUAAGAAGGGGAAGAUCUCAGUGCCUGAUUUCAUAGUCACUUAAUCGAGUAUGAAGGUUAAGGGGAAAUGGCAUCUCUCCCCUUUAGAGUUCUCAAACAGACUUAGGAUGACAUCUCUCUUCUUAUAGCCUAAAUGUGUAACAGGUGAGCUCUGAUACGGAAAAAAAAAUGGGAGGUGAGGGAAAGGAGUGGGAUUUUGUGUGUUUGCAUGAGUGUGUGUAGCUUCAAGUCUUGGGAGUUGGCAAGAGGGAGGGAAGGUAGAAGAGCAAAAUCUUUGCAAGGUCUUUGUUGUGCCUGGGGGAUCUUGCUCUGAAUCUCCUUAAUCCUCCACUGUGAAUUAGGGGUGAGU